AUGGACUUCUUGAAACUCAGUGUGAAACGAAGUAGUUUGCCUUUUAUUGUCGGAACAAUCGCAAUUGCGUUGUUUACAGACCUUUUUCUCUAUGGUGUUAUUACUCCCAUUCUUCCCUUUUCGUUGGUAGAUCGAGUUGGGGUUCCCCCAGAAAAAGUUCAGACUGUCAUCAGUACACUUCUUUCUGUCUAUGCAAUCGCAAACAUUACAGCAAGUUCCCCGAUUGGGUACCUUGCAGACAAAUUCUUAACUAGAAAAAUGCCCAUGCUAAUUGGGCUCUUGUUUUUGACAUCUGCAACAGGUUUACUCACAGUAGGCACGAACGUGCCUAUGCUCAUCAUAGCCCGCGCUCUUCAAGGAUUGUCUGCGGCGGUCGUUUGGACAGUGGGCUUGGCUUUAUUAGUCGAUGUCGUUGGACCAGAGCAUAUUGGGUCAACGAUGGGUGGAAUUUUUGGUUUUAUUUCUCUUGGUGAAAUAGUCGCCCCUGUAUUUGGAGGAAUUAUAUAUGAAUCCAUGGGUUAUUAUGCUGCCUUUGGUAUGUGCUUCAUUAUUCUGUUCAUCGAUAUAGUCCUCCGGCUUCUUAUGAUUGAGCCAAGAGAAGCAAAGAAAAUUUCACCUGAUGACCCUGAAAGCCAGCCAAUUUUACGUCCUACAAAUGAUCCUCUAACAUCUAACAGCGCUUCGUCGAAUCCAAUUGUUAAAAUCUUUUGUCUACCUAUUUACAAACUUUUAUCUCAUCGUCAGCUCAUUGGACCUUUUUGGACGAGUUUUGUAAAUUCAUCUUUGUUUUCUUCUUUUGAUGCCACAGUUCCAUUGGAGUUGCAAAAGAUUUUUGGAUUUAAUUCCCUUCAAUGUGGCUUAAUGUUUGGCGUUUUAAGUACUCCAUACUUUUUCUGCGGAGCUUGGGCCGGCGCUAUGGUAGACCGCAAAGGCUCUCGGACCAUUGGUAUGUACUCCUACGCUGUCCUGGGUUCUACCUUACUUCUUUUGUGUAUACCUAGAACAUACUCUAUUUCCAACGUAUACUUGUUUGGUAUCUUUUUGGCUUUGAAUGGUGUUGUCUUGUCAUUCACAUCAUCUCCAGGAUUUGUCCAGUCCUCUCGUUAUGUUGCCGAAUACGAGCUGGAACACCCUACUUUCUUUGGACGUAAUGGCCCUUAUACACAGCUCUUUAGUGCUUACAACAUUGUUUACUCUCUUGGCAUGAUUAUCGGUCCUGUAGUCGCUGGAUUUCUUCGGGAUCGUUACGGUUUUAUCGCUUCAACUAUUUCCAUAUCAGCACUAUGUUUCAGUGCUAGCAUCGUAGCAUGGUAUUGCUUUAGUGAUCGUGAUGAAAAUGAAGAGUCUGUUCACUGUUCAUUUUAA